ACUUGGACUGACUUGCAAGUUUCGACAGUGAUAAGUUUUCCGAAAACUUUCAACGGGAAAUGAAAACGUCAUGAAAACGUUUUAAUUCUAGUUUGAUGUUUCGGUUCACGUGAUACAAUUUGCGACAAAAUGUCCGAGCUUUUGUUGAAAACUUUGGAAGAGAACGAACACGAGGUUUAUCUGGAAGUAACCGAUAUAUUAUUGAGAAUCAUCGAUAAUGUUUUGAAUUCGCCACGAAAUCCGAAAUUCAGAAAACUACGUCUAGGCAACGAUAUCGUUUCGAAUAAGCUCAUACCUGCCAUUGGAGCUAUGGAAUGUCUAUUUCACUUAGGAUUCCAAGAGGCUGAUGAUGCGUUAGUAUUGCCGGAAACCGUACCUUUAGAUUCGUUAAGAGAUUUCAAGAGAGCUAUCGCUGAUAGUCGUACUAAAGUCCAACGUAAACAGAAACCCUGCGUAAAUUUACUCCAAAAUAGACAGAAUCGGUACAAUGAUUUCUUAGAAGAGCUGCGUGAUAUAUCUAAACGAGUCCUUAUAUACGAAGAUGAAAAACUGCAGCAGGCUGCGAGAGACAAAAUGCCUCUGGAUGAGUUGAAGAAACGACGCGACGAACAUAUUAGCAAAUCGAGCUCGACUUAUGAAAUGGAAUUCGGUCUUCUGUUCGAGUUAAUCGUAUGGUUCAAAACAGAAUUCUUCCAAUGGAUGAAUAAUCCGACGUGUUCAAAAUGUAAAUCAUCGUCUACCUUUCAAGGAUACAGUUCAAAUCCGGCUGAAUUGAUAGAAACGACUAGAGUUGAGGUUUUCAAAUGCGAUAGAUGUAACGAUCGAUUAAUUUUCCCACGACACAAUAAUCCAGCCCGAUUACUAGAAACAAGAGUUGGAAGAUGUGGCGAAUGGGCUAAUUGUUUCACACUAUUUUGCCGGACUAUUGGAUUAGAAGCACGUUACGUUAUGGAUAAAACCGAUCACGUGUGGACCGAGGUUUAUUCUCAAACAUUGAAACGUUGGGUACACUGUGACCCUUGCGAGGGUGCUAUCGAUACGCCACUCAUGUACGAAAAAGGCUGGAGUAAGAAACUUUCAUAUGUUAUUGCCUUUUCCAACGAAGAAGUUCAAGAUGUAACUUGGCGAUAUACUGCUCAAUUCGCGGAAGUACGAUCUAGACGAGUGUUAUGCAACGAAGACGAUCUAUUGAGACUGAUUUUCCAAUUGACUAAUGCAUUACAGACAUCACUUUCGCCUGAUCGUAAAAAAUACCUCGCUAUGAGACGUGUCGUCGAAUGUGUCGAAUUCCUUACACCACCUCAUUCCGAUAAACAAUUCGGUGGUCGAACUUCAGGCUCUUUAGCGUGGCGUAUUAGUCGGGGAGAAAGUCGAUCCGGGAAUAAAGUAUCGGUCGAGUGGAAACCAAACGAAGUUGAACUGCAACGUAGACAAUUUAGACUUAAAUAUUCGACCGCUUUAGACAGAUACUACAGGGUCGAAUCUGACGAAGUGAUAGAAGGCUGGAGUAACGGAAUAUUCGAUGAGAAAUCCAUGUAUCGAAAAGUUGAACAUGAUUGGAAGACUUGUUAUUUAUGUAGAUUAGAGGGUACGAACGAUGCAAUGAUUAAAUGGAAAUUCACCACAGAAGGGACCGAUUACGUUAUCGAUUUAAUCAAGAUCUCUUAUUCGUCCGUUAUUUUUCAAAACGGAUACGUCAGAUGGAUUUUAUGCAACGAAGAAACAUGUGUUCCUCUAAAAGCCGAAAAAACUCUACUGGAAUCUAGAGCAUUUCAUGGCUCAACCGAAGUAUCACUAACUGCCACGUUGAGCGGAGGUAAUGGAGACACAGCUUGGCAACACGCUCAAAUAUUCCGCCAGCCCAACGAUAGCAACGAUUGCCCGUUCGAAUUAUUCGUUACACUAACGAAGAAAACAAAACAGUAAAAGCUGAUUCGUUUAAUUGAAGAUAUUACAUCGAGAAGCAUCCCUUCUUCAUUCCGCAUAAUUUAUUAUAAUGUAUUUGUGAUUUUUAUAUGUGUAUUUUACCCACGUUCCGUUGUUUUCAUUCUUCCCACCUUCGAUUUUUUAGUACACGAAGUUUUAAUUCGUGAAUUAGCGCGUUUUUCCCCAUGCAUUUUCACUACCUACGUUUUUUUUUUUUUUAAUAAUUUGUUAGUUUUAUUAUUUUUCUUGUGUACUGUGUAUUAUUUUUGUGAAGCUGAUUUGUCAUUUUUGCUCCUUUUUUUUUCGUGGGCAUUGUUACCAACUACGCGAAACACAUUUUCUACAUGUAUUGACUAUAUAUUUUACAUACCACUGUCUUUUUUUUUCUUUUCUUUUUUUUUGGUGUACAUAAUCGUUUACCAUUUUCAAAUAAAUAGUCCGUUCUGCUUGUA